CACACGUUGCUAUGGGUCUCUGCAAGUGUCCAAAGAGAAAGGUGACCAAUUUGUUCUGCUUCGAACACCGUGUGAACGUGUGCGAGCACUGCCUUGUUUCCAACCACAACAAGUGUAUUGUGCAGUCUUAUCUGCAAUGGCUUCAAGACAGCGACUACAACCCAAACUGUACUCUGUGCAACACUCCACUGAACACCCAGGACACAGUCAGACUCAUCUGCUAUGAUGUGUUUCACUGGGCGUGUCUUAAUAACUUGGCGUCUCGGCUGCCCCUCCACACGGCCCCAGCAGGGUAUCAGUGCCCCACCUGCCAGGGUGCAGUCUUCCCCCCYUCUAAUCUGGCCAGCCCCGUGGCUGAUGUGCUGAAAGAGCAGCUGUCCUCUGUUAACUGGGCUCGGGCUGGGUUAGGCUUGCCACUGAUUGAAGACCCUGUUGGUGUCCUUGACGAGACGACGAAUAACAGUGUCUCUGAUUAUACGGACUGGUCAGCGUUUGAUGCACAAGAAAAAAGUGACGUAUACCCCAGUCACUCUUACAACACCAGCCUCAGCCCAACAUCUGCGCCGCCUUCAGCACACGACGGAGGGCUUCACAAAAAUGAAGAUUCAGUUUUAAAGGAGCACUCUGUGGURAACUUUACUGCUGCCGACCCCAGCUGUGACACAAUUACGAUACACACAGCAUCGUCCCCAAGAAAGAUCUACGACACCCGGGACGCUGCUCACAGCUCUGUCACACAGAUCGACUUUGAUGAUGACAAGUACCGGCGAAGACCAGCACUGAGUUGGUUUGCACAAAUUUUAAAGAACAGGACAGGUGGGAAGCGGACGUCUCUGUCCUGGAAGCAGCGAGUCUUUGUGCUCCUUUUGGUCGGAGUUCUGGGAUUCUUUACGUUGAUAAUUGUCAUGGCUAAACUUGGACGUGCCUCAGCCGGCUCAGACCCCAAUUUAGAUCCUCUUCUUAACCCCAACAUUCGCGUGGGCAAAAACUGAUAACAAGAUGUCAUUCUUUCUUUUUGUUUGUUUGUUUUCCUUUUCCCUUCUUUUAUCUGAGUGACGCAGAAUAAACCACUGUAAAGUGGCCUGAAAUUGGAUCAUCUAAUACAUGAUCUGCCCAGCAGAGGGCGCUGCUCAGUCAAAGUUAAGAGGCUGGUUCUUCGCAACAGGCCGUGGAAGCAUGUCAGAGGCCUUCAGACUGGAAAGAAACAUUUCUUGCACUAAUCAYAAACUCUGCUGUGAACCAGAAACUCCAACAGUGACCAAGACUGUGCAAAUUCACAACUUACUACUGCUUUGGUGACGAGGGGGAAACGCUUAAUUUAGCUAAUAAUUCUGAGGGAUUUUUCUAAGUUAAUGGAUAUUUUUGUUGUUUUUUUCCCGUAAAUUUACCCAACUACAUUGUUGGUGUUAAGAAAACAAGCAGAAGUGUCAGAAUGUACAUUUACACGGUUAUAAAGUACGGUUAUAAAGUAAGUCUUCUGCUGAUGGGGCCUUUGUGCGUUUGUCCUUCACAGCAGAUUACAACACAAAGUCAGUCGUGCUCUACACACACUACUACCCUACUCGGAGUGUCAGGAUUACUUCCUCAAACUGAGUGCUUUGCUUUUAGGUUUGCCAUAUAUACUGUGUUACAUUUUCUUGAUGUUUUUGACUGUCCAUUAAAUGGGGAUAACACAAAAACAAAA